GAUUGACAUGAAUAGUUAAACGAGUUGAGUUCGAGCUCGACAUUGUAUCCUCAAGUCAAUGAGCUCGAGUUACCUACCUAUUAUCAAGAGUCAAGACCCGACAAGAAAUCGUCCAAGUAAAUGCACUAUCUAUCUUUAUCUUUCUCUUUUUCUGUUGGAUUGGGUCCCCAGUUUUGCUCAAGUUGAGCAGCCAUGGUUGACGGGCUUGUGGUGGUAGACGAGGAACGAACCGAUUUUGCUUCACAAGUCAAAAACCAGCAGGAGAAAGGCGAAAAAUAGAAGAGAGAUUUGUUGGUUUCUGCCUUCUCGGUAUUUUUUUUUUUAAAUGAAAUGGAGUCAGCUUGUUGAAUACUUCAUUCUGAUCAGAAGACGCGGCACGGAGAUUAGGAGCUCCCUUGCGUGUCGAAAGAUACUCUUCUCGUCAGCUUCAACAUUAUUUCGGUAAGCAGCAAUCUCUGAACCAUCUUCGUUGACGUUUCCGUCUUCUCUUUCACGAAAUUUGCAAGUUCCGUGUUGCUUCCUAGGGCUUGGAAUUGACUUACAAAAGAUAUCUGUAUUUCUCCAUCAGAGUUUUGGCAGACAAAUCAUCUUUUUUUUAAGAGUGCACAUUGAUGAUUGAGAGGUGUGAAGGCGGCGCUGCUCUUCCUUGCGGAACGUGAAAGAAACUGUGGGUCAACAAAAGCCAGCUCCAUCUCUCUCCAGAACGAGAGUUUGAGCCCAGACUUUGCUUAGCCAUUCAAACUGGGUCCCGGAAUCUGAUCCUCCGGCAACGUUUUCUUCCAUUUUCUUUUGUUUACUCAAGGUACUAGACGAGGCCACGGACCCACGAAGCCCCGAGCCACCAGCACCAACAGCCCACCGCACCCCGACGACUAUAUCACCCUGAACUCGCCAUCCGAGUUGCCUUGCACCACGUCGCCGCCAACAAUGGCGACCGCCACCUCUCUCCUCGUCUCCUCCUUCCUCCUCCUCCUCUUCUCGGUCGUCUCUUCCGACGAUGGCCACACGCUUCUCGGCAUCAAGCAGUUUUGGGGCAACCCUUCAUUGCUCAUUUCGUGGAACUCAUCCAACCUCAAUCACUGCUCCUGGCUGGGCGUCUCCUGCUCGCCUUCCACCAACACCGUCACCGGCCUGAAUCUCCAAAGCCAGAACCUCGACGGCCAGCUUCCCCCGUCUCUGUGCGACCUCGCCAGUCUGACAUUUCUCGACAUUUCCAACAACAACUUCAAUGGAAGCAUUCCCUCCUCUCUCCUCCGCUGCUCCAGCCUCGUAUUUCUUAACCUUUCACAGAAUUACUUCGGGGGACCCAUCCCGGAAGGCGUCGGUCUCCUUGCCCGCCUUCAGACGCUCGACCUCUCGAGCAACUACUUUGUCGGUGACGUCCCUGCGGGCCUCUCUCGCCUCGCGGCGCUCCGGUUACUCUACCUCCACGAGAACCUCCUAGACGGGCUGAUAUCGCCGGAAAUUGGUAACCUCUCAAGCCUGGAGGAGCUCAGACUGACGAACAACCCUUUUGCGCCGGCGGCGCUUCCGCCGGAAAUCGGGAGGCUCGGGCGGCUGCGCUUGCUGGAACUGAAGCACGCCAACCUCACUGGACCCAUUCCCGAUGGGUUCCGGAAUUUGAUCGCGCUCGAAUGGCUCGACCUCUCCAAGAACGCGUUGACUGGGUCUAUACCGGCGGGACUCUUCCAGCUUCCGAACCUGACGUCCGUGUUUCUCAAUGAUAACGAUCUGACGGGGGAGAUUCCCCGGCCGAUCCUGUCCGUCUGGUUGACGCAGAUUGAUCUGAGCUCGAACCGCCUGACGGGGACGAUACCGACGGACAUCGUCAAGCUGCGAGGUUUGACCAACCUCUACCUCUACCAAAAUCAGCUCUCAGGCGAGAUUCCGCAGGCGAUAGCCCAGAUUUCGACGUUGCAGUACUUGAAGCUCUUCAACAACAGCUUGAACGGCACCUUGCCGCCCGAUCUCGGCCGGAACUCUAACCUUACCUACUUCGAGAUAGACAUGAACAGGUUCACCGGCGAGUUGCCGGAAGACCUAUGCAGGAACGGCGCCCUUCAAACGUUCAGCGUUUACAUGAACAGCUUUUCCGGGAGGCUGCCAGAGGGACUGGGCCAGUGCCCUAACUUGUUGGCGAUCCAGGCACAGAACAACCGACUCUCUGGUGAGAUUCCGGAAGGCGUGUGGUCUUACAAGAGUCUACAAUACUUGAGGAUCGGGGAUAACUCCUUCUCCGGCGAGCUACCGAGUGCCUUGCCUUCAAACCUCGCUUGGCUUGAGAUCCAGAACAACAACUUCUCCGGCCCAUUCCCUGCAAAUUUCUCGAACAGUGCAAAUUUUCAGCUAAUACAAGCAAGUGGGAACAAAUUCUCAGGCGAAAUUCCUGCGAGCCUGGCGCAAUUGCACAACCUCACAGAUUUAUAUCUCGAUAACAAUCGUUUUACCGGCCAGAUACCGUCCGCAAUCGGCUUGUUGGAAAAGCUAAAUAUCCUGGACCUGAGUCACAACCAGCUCACCGGCAGCAUCCCCGCGUCUAUUACCAACCUGCCGUCCCUGAACAGCCUCGAUCUUUCGGAGAACCAACUAACAGGUGAGAUACCGGCCUCCCUCAACAUACAGACGGUCACCUUCCUCAACCUGUCGGGCAACGCCCUCUCGGGAAAGGUACCCCACGCCUUCGAUAAUGCAGCAUUUGAUCAGAGCUUCCUCCAGAACUCCGGCCUUUGCGCCUCUGACCCUUCCCUGACUCGGACCCUCCGAAAGUGCUCUUCUGAUGGUAGCCGCCGGUCGAAGGAGGCCUCUCCAACAGCACUUAUCGCGAUCCUCACGGUCGUCGGGGUCCUCGGCCUCCUUACCACCGCGUUGGCGACGGCGCUCGUCCGGACUUAUAUCCGGCGAAGGCGUGAGUUCGGCGACUACGCCUCCUGGAAGCUCACCUCUUUCCAGAAGCUGCGCUUCACGGAGGAAGAUAUCCGGCUGGGAAUGUCGGAGGACCGCUUGGUGGGCCAGGGAGGCACCGGACAGGUCUACCGCGUCCCCAUCGGCGAUGGCGCUGUCGCCGUGAAGCGGAUCUGGGACGGUCAGAAGGUGGACAAGAAGAGGGAGCGGGAAUUCCAGGCGGAGGUGGAGGUACUCGGCGGGAUCCGCCACUACAACGUGGUGAAGCUCCUCUGCAGCAUCUCCGGCGAAGAUUCCCGCCUCCUCGUCUACGAAUUCAUGGAGAGGGGCAGCCUGGACCGUUGGCUCCGCAGCCUCGACUCGGUUCUCGAUUGGCCGACGCGGUACCGAGUCGCGAUCGGCUCGGCACAGGGCCUUUGCUACAUGCACCACGAGUGCUCGCCGCCGGUGAUUCACAGGGACGUGAAGAGCAGCAACAUUCUUUUGGACGCCGACUUCACUCCCAAGAUCGCCGAUUUCGGGUUGGCCCGUAUGAUUUCCGGACCAGGAGAAGCCAACACCGUCACGGCCGUUGCUGGUUCCUUCGGGUACAUGGCGCCUGAAUGUGCAUACUCCGUGAAGGUGAACGGAAAGACUGAUGUCUACAGCUUCGGGGUGGUAUUAUUAGAGCUUGUUACUGGAAAGGAAGCCUACAACAGAGAGGAGGAGCUGAGCCUAGCAGACUGGGCUUGGCGCUUGGUUCGCGCAGGUAGGCCACUUGAAGAAGCCAUGGACAAACGUAUCUAUAACCCUCAUGUAGCAGAGGACAUGAUUGCCGUCUUCAAGCUAGGCCUCCUCUGCACAAACGCCCUUCCUGCGAACCGGCCAUCAAUGAAGGAUGUUGUAGAUGUCUUGGUCUGGCAUGGGGCAAAUUCAGGCAAUGCCCCGUCCCCAGUGGCCGAGAAGCCGAUCAGCGACCGAGAUGGUGUUCCGCUGCUAUAUGGGAUGCCUCUUCGAUUGGGCAGCAGCAGAGGCAGGGAUCUUCACUCCGCAAUGGGCAAUGGAGAUUGCAAUGUUUGAUAUCCAGAAGGUUGUGUUGUGCAAUUUUUGCUUAUCAUCCAGACGUGCAUGUGGGCUGUGGAGUAAGCAGGCACAUGAGCAUAUUGGCAUGGAUACAGGAGGCAGACCAACUACUUUCGAGUCAUAAAGUUUAGUAUACAUGCUUAAGGGCAUGAGUUUUGACGUUCGGUAAUCAAAGGACUCUAGUUUAGUUAAUUACUGCCUCAAGACAGAAGGCACAGGGCAAGUGAAUGAUGCAAGACAAAAGUGGUUGUAGAUUAAAGUUUUAGGAUACAGACCGCACUCCCUAUCAGAAAAGAGGAAGUGGUUGCAUAUCUGUGAGAGUAAAAGUUUUAGGAUACAGACAGCAUCACCUAUCAGAAAAGAAGAAUGAAGAAGGAAUUAUACAAUUUGGAAAACAAAGUGUAACGUUUUCCUACUUGGAUCACUUCAGGUUUACGUUUAUUGGUCUUGUUCGUAGUAUCACUAUGUUCCACUGUAACAAAAACAUCAAAUGAUGGAUACAAUUGAUGGGAGUUAUACAAUAGUGUAAAUAUUAGCAUCUGAUACAACUCUUGAUCUGCUCAAAUUCAUCAAUAAGAACUAUAGAUUUCGUAA